CUAAAAAAUCAGACUUACAGUGAUGGUGGGUGGUGCUUCGUAAAGCACUGUGUCCGAUCCUGUAAACAUUGUCGGAAAACUGAAUCCAUCAACCUAGAAACAAAGGAGACUCGGUUAGGACACGAACGAGAGCAACCUCUGUGAACUGGACUUUCUUUCUCUUCCGAAUGAGACCGGGAUAAGCAAAUGCUAUUUUUUGUAAUCUGCGACGCACUCAAACAUUCUGUUGCAGUUCUGCGACGGGAAAAAAAAGUUCCGUCGCAGAGUAGUUGCAGAUCUGCGACGGAGUGAUGUCCGUAGCAAAUAUCUGUUGCAGAUCCGGCAGAUUCUUGUAGUGUUGGAAGUCACGUAGUCUCUCUUGGAAGUUUGUUGACAAAAACAAAUACACCAAUAACCAAAAUAGCAUUAGGAGAGAGAAUGUAUGAGAUAAAAAUCUAUUAUUUAGUUCACAACUCAAGAACUUAUAUAUCAACUAUUCAACUUCCGAUAUGGGAUAGACUCUAAUACGAUACACACACCUUGUAUAUGGCAGUUUGGUGGAAGACCAUAAUGCAACACUUUCAUCUCCCCUCUUGUCACUCAAUCUCAGGGACGCCCUCUCACUUUUGUGGCGUUACCCGGGAUAGGAGGAGAGAAUAUUCGGCGUACUUCACCGUGAAAGCAUCCUAAUUUACCACGAAUGGUCAUCCGAAUUAGAAACUAUACCCGAAGUGUGUUAUUGGGUGGCUCCAUCAGGUUUUCUCACGGUAAAUUGUGAUGCCUCUAUAAUGAGACGAGCAAUUGGGAUUGUUUUUCGAGGAUUUCAUGGCAGCCCUCUAGGUAAUUGCCAUGAGUUGAUGCCGGACGAUUUUAUGACGAUUGAAGAAGGUGAGAUUUUUGCAAUGGCCAAGGCCUUAGAGAAAAGCAAAGAGAUGUUAAAAACCCAUCCAGCAAGUUGUACCCGGAACUGUUACUUCUAUCGGAUAGCCUUGACAUGGUGAAGAAACUUAGCUCUAAAUCAUUCUUGAAGCGGAAAUCGGCUAAGUCGGCGUAAGUCGAUAGACUUCUCCGAGAUGCAUACGAUUUGAUCACGGGAAUAGAGCAGGAUGGCAAAGAUGUCAAACUUCUCUAUGUUUGCCGUGAAUCAAAUCAAGUCGCCGACUUCCUCUUGGCAUAUGAUGUCACCGAAAAAGAAUCGUCGACCAAAGAGGCUCAAGUGGAAGACGUAGGCAUGAUAAAGUACCAAUACAAUGAAUUAGUGAAGCUUGAUAAAAGGGGUUCAUUUUUUCGUGAGAGUCUCCUUACUCGUGUUGGACAAUGUAAGUGUAAAACUUUUAUAUUGCAUUGUGUUAGUAUGUUUUUUGUUAGCUAUUACGGAUUAUUAAUGUGCUUUUUGUUUUUAUUUUUUUAAAUUCAUAGUGUGUGGGGUUGAAAUUCCCAAAAAGGAAAGGAUGUCCAAGUGAUUGACUAGCUCUGACGCCGACCUAGCCGAUUUUCGCUUCAAGAAUAAUUUAGAGCUAAGUUUCUUCACCAUGUCAAGGCUAUCCGAGAGAAGAAACCGCCCCCCUGCCAUGGCUAAUUAGCAUCUCAAAGAAUUCAAUUAGUCGGGGCUAAUUAGCACCAAUAAUUCAAUUAUUAUGAUCAAUUACUGGUGACUACCUUUUGAUGAUCGUCGGCCAUGGCUAAUAAUGCAUCUCAAAGAAUAAUAAUUAGCAACAAAAAAGAAUGAAGAAACCCGAUGAUUGCCGAUUGGUGACGCUGGAACAGAGAUGGUGAUUUCCGAUUAGAUCUUGGCGUCGGU